AUGGAGGUGGGGCGCGUGUUAAGGAGCUUCAUCCUUAGGUCCGUGCAGCAAGAAGAGGCUCUUCAUCGCAUCUAGUAUGCUCUCAAAAGGUGGCGACUGACGUGACUCAGUCGUCAUAUAUUAAAUCACACAAAUAUAAAAUUUAUAAAACUAGAAAAUACGAAUUUUCGGAUAUUUAGAAGUAUUUAUAAAUAAAUAUAUCAAUUAUAAUUCAAUAAAAAUUCCAAAAAUAGCGGUAAUUUUCCAGGUCGAUCACAUGGAUGUAAUAUAAUAUCUAGUAAUUAAUCAGAAUUUAUCUCAAUGAAUACGAUUUUCUAUGAAUUUUAUACUAGGAAAUAAAAAGGAAUUAUAUUUAAAAUUCACGAAAAAGGGAAAUAAGGGUGCAGACAUGAUGAUGACGUCAGCACCCGGCGAGCGCGAAUAACCCGACAAUUUCCCCCGUAUGGAGCAACCGUCGCCCGGCGAUUCUUACGUAAGCGAUUACGGACGAUUUAAUUGAUCAAAUUAAGAUCUGUAAAGUCCGGAAGAAUCGUAAUGGAAUGAAGAAUAGUUUGGUAAAUUUAAAUUACACAAAUUAUCACUAAAUGAAGCGUAAAGUAAAUUGAAAGCAGGAAAACAAAGUUCCGGCGUCGCGACGGCGAUGCGUCGGCGAUGCACCGGAAUACUGAGCGUUCGGGAGGAUCGUCGUGCAGUGUCCAUGGCCUCGAAGGCUCUCCUUGGACAAAGACGACGUGGGCAAUCUCUAGAUCUUCUCGCGAAGUCUAGAGAUCAAUGAAGUGGGUCGUCGAAUCGUCUCCGGUGGCUGUCACCCGGCGGAGCGGAAAAACGGCGACUUUGCGGCUCUCCGGCAGCUGUCACCCGAUGGAGAGGAGCUGGAUGGAGGUGGGGCGCAUGUCAGGGAGCUUCAUCCUCAGGUCUGUGUAGUAAGGGGAGGCUCUUCAUCGCAUCUGGUACGCUCUCAGGAGGUGGCGACUUGUCUCCCGACGGAUCGUCCUCUUCCCGACGACGGCUUGUUCGUCGAUCAAUCGGAGAUGA